UGAUAGUAUUAGUUUAACGCUGGUAAUUCAAAGAUGUUGGUUAUCACGAAUUGCAAAUAUCUGAUUGUAAUAAUAUCAAUACUUCUAGCAUGCCUACCAGAGGCAAAUUCACGUCGCUCUAGUGAUCCUCGUAUAGUCGGCGGUGUUGAAACAACCAUUGGUCAUGUACCGUAUUUAAUAAAUCUACGACGAGAUGGACUAUUUUCUUGUGGCGGUUCAUUGAUCACCAGAAAAUGUGUUCUUACAGCUGCCCACUGUGUUAAUGGAGUACCUGCAUCAAGUUUAACCAUCAAUGCUGGAACUUCCAAACUAACAGAUCCCGGAGAAAUGCGUCAGGUGGAGGAAUCGUUUGUAUCAUCAGCUUAUUCCCCCAACACACUUGACAUGGAUGUAGCUGUUCUGAAGUUAAAUGAACCUGUAAUGGGUCCUAACAUUGCCACAAUACCACUCUGCUCCAAACGUCCAGACAGCAAUCAAUUUGUACGUGUUUCUGGUUGGGGUGUAACAAGUGAAAGCAGUCUAAUACCUCCGAAUCAAGUGCGCACUGUUAGAGUGCAAGUAAUUUCAAGAGAAAAUUGCCAAAACCAAUAUGCCGGUAAGGCAUUAAUAUCAAGUACAAUGUUUUGUGCAUCUGUGCCAGGUGAACGCGAUUCUUGUUCUGGCGAUUCGGGAGGUCCUGUGGUCUACAAUGGUCAAGUUUGUGGCAUUGUUUCGUGGGGAUUUGGUUGUGGCAGACGAGAAUUUCCUGGAGUAUAUACAAAUGUAGCAAGUUCUAGAAUAAAUGCAUUUGUGAGAACAACAGUUAUCCAGCAUUGUAUGUAG